AUGGCUAUCCACCUCCUCGCCAUCAUGUCCCCCAAGCCCGAGAAGCUGGCACGACUCGAAGAACUCGCCCAGGCCCUGAUCGACUCCGUCAAGCAAAACGAGCCCGGCGUGACCAAGUACCAGUGGUUCCGCAGUGGGAGCCCGGAGGAGCCCAAGGUUGUUGUGUAUGCUGACGCGGAGGCGUUUAAGGUGCACAAGAAGAACCCCAAGCUCGGGGACUUGGUGAAGAGGGGCAAGGAGGAGGGCUUGUUUGCGGCGCCGAUGCAGUUGUUGCCGCUGGAGCAGUUUGCUGGGUUUGCGGCCGUGGAGGGGGCCAAGAUUUGA